GUGUGUAAUAUUUGUUUCGUUGAAUUCUGAUAUUUAUUUAUAAUUAUUAUUCAAUUUUUAUGUUGCGGUCUAUUUACAUCAUUAAAAGUAUUCAUAAUCGAAAUGAUUUAAAAUCAAUAGAAUGCAAGAUAAAAAUUUAUCACUGUUUCGAAAGAAAGAUGGCAAAGAAAGUUGAUGGAAGUGAUGUGAAUUUUUGUAAUGUAGACCAAGGUCUUUUCCUUAAAAUUGUUUAAUAAUUAUUAUCAGAUUUAUUUAGCUUUAUUUAAAUUGUUUAAAAGAAGAGCAAAAUACAGACCUGUAUAAAAUAGAGAAAAUGGCGACCGACAUCGAAGAAUCAGAUACUGAUGAUCAUGAAAGACCAGCUCCACCAAAACGGCAAUGUACACGACUCAAAGCUACCGAAACGAUUUGGGAUAUGGAAAAAAGUUCAAAUGGAAAAAAAGUGGAACAAAUACAAGAAGCAGAAAAUGUUGAAUAUGAUGAUGUAGAAAAACAAGCAAGGGAAAAAUUAAAAAGAUGGCAAGCUUGUCAGGUUGCCAAGGGAUAUGUAGAUAAUACCAUUAACAAAGUAUUAGAAAAUUACAUUAUGGGAACAUCAUCUUAUUCUCUAGAGGAAUCCAGAUUUCAAUUAUUCAGAGGAAAUGAUAUGGAGGAUACUGCAGUCAUGAUGGCAAUUCGUAAUCAUGGUUUAGUUCAAUCUGCAGAACUUGUUUCUCAAUCCAAUGCUUUUUACAGUGACAAAGCUCCAGGAUAUUGGACUAAUAAUGAAUAUACAGAUCUGCAUUGUUUUUAUCCAGCUAAUCAUAAAUCAGAUGGUGGAAAUUUUGAGAAUUCAGUAGCUACUACAUCUACAAAUUCAUUGAGAUUAAAUGAUUCAAAAAAUCCAGAAGAAUAUAAUAAAUUUGAUUGGGAUUUGGAUAAAAUAGAUGAAAAUGAUCAACAGGAGAACUUUUUAGAAAGAGCUGUAGCAGAAGCUAUAAAGAAAAAAGGGCUUAGUGCUCUAAGCGUUGAUUAUGGUUGAGCACUCUAAAUAUUUCAUCUUAAUAUAUGAUUACACAAUAGCAUUGCAUAUAACUUUUUAUCUUUGCAAAUCCAUUUCGAUUUGUAUAACAAUUACAUAGAUGAUAUUCAUCAACAAUUUUGCGACUAAUUGCAUUCUAUUAGAUAAAAGAUAAAAAUUAUUUCUUUAUUCAUCAUGAGCAGAUGUAUGUCUAGUUAUGCAUAGAGAUUUAUCAUAUACAUAUAUUCCAAAUUAAAAUAUUUUUGACGAAAAAUUAAAUUUCAUUAAUAUAUAAAGAUCAAUGUAGUACAAAGUUUUGUUUACGAUUAAUUGAAUUAUAUAAAAUAAG